UCUAAACGGAGGUCCCAGGGUCUAUCUCUGGAUCCUAUUUACCACUGUCUAAAUCGAACAAUACUCUACCAGUUAUCGAGACCACAUAAGACUGUUCCACAACAAGUUGCUCUUUUAGACUCUUUACGUGUCCUGACAGUCAACCGCACACUUAUACUUGGACCUGGUAAUCACGAUCAAGAAUUCAUUGGCUGCCUAGCACAUUGUUUAAUUAGCCUCUAUGUUGGAAGUAAUCUUGAGGGGUUUGGCCUGGAAGCAGAAGCAAGAAUGACAACAUGGCACAUCAUGAUACCUUCUGAUCUUGAACCAGAUGGAAACCAUAGCCAAGAUAUCAGUGAAGGUCGACAACUUCUUCUCAAAGCUGUAAAUCGGGUUUGGACUGAACUAAUUGUCAACAAGAAACCAACUUUGGAGGAGAUUUUUAAAGUAACACUACCUAUAAACGAGCGUGGACUAGUGGAUUUGUCAACUGCAAGGCCACUCAUUGAGGAUGCUGCUUCAAAAUGCUGGCAGAAUCAUAUAG